AUGCGCAAGCCGUCAGCUUGUAGCGUUUGUCGAGCGCGCCGUCGCAAAUGCAUCUACCCAACAGGUCGGCACGCGACUAUUUGCGACUAUUGCCUGUCGCAUGGUACCGAGUGUCUCCAGGGGCCACCAGAAGGCGGCUACUAUGCCAAAAGACGAGCAAGACUCCAAGAGUUUCAAACAGCCCAAGGCGCAGCUGGGCCCUUUGAGCCACCGCCAAGACAGCAUCAUGAAGAACUACCACCCAUUCCUCUCAGGCGAGAACUAGUCAAUUUGUACUUCGACUACAUCCACGAUCAGUUUCAUUCCAUGUACCAUCGAGCAUCUUUCAUGGCCGACGUAGAGCAUGACAAAGUGCCAGCGAUCGUCCUUUUCGCCAUCUUCGCUUUCUCGGCCAGGUUCUCGACGAAUGCAGUUUUUGACGGAACCGAUGCAAGAGAAAGAGGCAAUGCGUAUCGUGUGGCUAGCGAGAGACUUUUUAGCCUUCGAGAGAUCAGUCCUACCACGGUACAAGCCUGCGUUCUGCUAGGAGCCUACGCUGCCGCUAAUGGAGAGACCGACGUCGAAAACCUUUACUACAGUACGGGUGGACGCAUGUGUCUGGCUCUUGACUUGUCGAAUUUGCCAGUUACCAGUCCGAUCGAGCGUGAAGUGAAUAUCAGAACAUGGUGGACAAUCUGUAUGGUUGAUGUCUGGUCGUCCACUGCCGUCAAAUUGCCACGGAUUAUGCCGAUUGAAAGUGCAGCACCGUUACCUAUUGACGAGUUUGCCUUCAUGUCCAUGAGCAAUGGAAAUGGGGUACAUCCAAGUCCGAACACGACGACCUUGACCACACCACUGUUUGCAGAGAUGAUCAAGUUGAACAGGAUUCUUAUGAGGAUCAUCGACUUCAACCAAGCUUGUGUGUCACAACAUCUCACUGGUAUGCCCCUAGAACAAGGCAUACUCCAGUUAUCGGACGAGCUUGAUACAUGGCUGGGAGACUUACCAGAACACAUGCGUGAUACGCCCGAGAAUUUCAAGAAAUUCGCAUCAAUGGGCCUGGGUCGCAUGUUCGUUGCUGUGUACUUAGGGUAUUAUCACUACGGCCAGCUGUUGACUUACCAGUUCCUGUCAACUUCUUCAGAGGCUGAAGGAAGUUCAUCGGCCUACGCUGACGCCUGCAAACAUUAUGCUGCACGACUCUGUUCUCUCGUAUAUCGCUCGCACUCAACUCCUGGGAGCGAAGUCUUAUACUCAGCCGUCUCGCACAUACUCGUCAUUGCGUCCACAGUCCAAAUCCAUACACUCCUCUUCUCUGGCGAUGAAAGCCAGAUAAGAGUCUCGAAAUCGAGAUUGGAGCGAAAUUUUGAGAUUUUGCUCAAAUUGCGGACUUAUUGGCCGAGCGUAGAUGGCGCUAUGAGUCGUCUGCGAGCUUUUCACCAAACCUGUCUUCGAAGCAAGGAGACGAGUUUCGUUCUUGAUCGAUGGCUAUUGCGCUUCCUCGUCCAGUUUGCGCCUCAUAUGGAGCUUGAACCAAGGGAUAAUGAUCCCGAGUAUGAGGCUUUGCUGGCACUGAGUAGACAGUCGCCAUUAUCUUGCUAUUCAGGGUUGUCUGUGUAG